UAUUCCCUCGCCCACCAUCCCGUCAAGCGAGCAAGGUUGCGGCGCUACUGCUGCACGCGCUCGGCCACAGCUACCUCCCGCCGCAAGCCGGUACGGAGACCCGAGGGGUUGUCGGGCCGGUAUGCUGCGACCCGCCGACAUUGAUGCUGGAAGCGUUGUCCCUGGAUGCGACGACCCCGCGGGCGUGAAUACUGGGAGCGGCCGCUGGGAUGCUGGGUCUUCCCGACGACGAUGCUACAACCGGCAGGGGCGGUUGCUACAACCUCACGCCAACCGGCACAGGCGGGUGCUACAUCCGGGGACCAGCGAGCUACAACCCAGCAAUGGUGCAGGUGCUACAACCUCACGCUGAAAAGCUGCACCCAGCACGUACGGGCGCUACAUCUGAUGGCUCGGCGAGCUACAAUCGUCAGGCCGGCAAGGUACAACCGCUGGCCGGCAAGCUGCGACAUACACGGACAACCUCACAAUGGCAAGCUGCAACCGGCACGAGCAGUGCUACAACCUUUGUCCAGCGAGCUGCAAGCGACACAAUGGCGAGCUUCAACCUGGUGGGUCACCAUGCCGGCGAUAGAGACCAUGUCCGCGGGGUGCUACAACCAUGAUGGUGAGUUUGCUGGAACCGGCCUUUGUUUUUGUUAGGACACUUCUUAAAUUAAAAUUUUCAAACGGGUAUCAUGGGGCACAAUGAUGGUAUCACCCGAUAUUCUUCCGUGGGCGGGGUCACGAGAGCAAGAGAUGGCAAAAUUCGUAUAGGACAGGUACAAUGACCAAAGUGAUUUUGAUGAACAAGUCUAGUGACCAGAGUGCAAUUUUUUUUUUACUCAUAGAAAAGUUAAAAACAAGCUACCCUCAAACUCUGUCGACCUGGAGCUGCCACGUACACCCAUCGAACUCCCAUGAUCAUUCCAAGUUGUCGCCUUGCCUAGGACGACGCAGUAGAAACGGCCCCACAGACUUCGUCCCCAUCCGCACGCAGAAUACCGGAAACACCCCUCGCCGCUGAACGUGCAGCCUCCGCCCUUAUCCUCUUCCUCUGUUUUUUCCCCACUUUACCCCCCACCCUUCCCGGGGGCGGCGGCGAGGCCACCCAUCACCGCAUUGCCUACUUCUUCCGCCCCGGCUUCCCCGCUCGUCUCAUCUCGGCUCCGACUCCCACGCCACGCCACGCCAUCGCCCUCGAACCUUCUCUCCGCGGAGCACGCCAGGUCGACUGCUGCUUCAGAGCUGCUCUCUGUGAAUCUGUUUGCUGGCGCAGUGGAGCACUCUGUUCAUUUUUUCCAACCAGGUUGGUUGUUGGUUCAGUUCAAGGUGAUGCCCGCCUCUGGUGCCGCUGCCUCGCAAGCUUUGUGCAGGUAGUUUGACUGGACUGUUUGGACCACAAGGAGUGUUGUGUUCUCUGAAUUCUGAGGACGUGAAUCGGAUAAACAGCUGGGCGUGAUUCUUGGUGAUAUUCCAUGGAAGCCGUGCACGGCAUACAGUCCCUGGCUUCAGGAGACGGCCAUCAUCACCUUUCCCGGACGCUUGGGCCGGCGCUGCUCAUCUCCGUCGGGUAUAUUGAUCUUGGCAAGUGGGUGGCGACGGUCGACGCCGGGACUCGGUUCGGGUACGACCUCGUGCUGCUGGUGCUCCUUUUCAACUUCUCCUCGGUUCUGUAUCAGUAUAUGUCCACCUGCAUCGGCAUGGUCACCGACAAGAAUCUCGCUCAGGUUUCCGGCCAGGAGUACAGUCGGUUUAUAUGUGGCGGCCUUGGUCUCCAGGCAGGAUUGUCUUUGCUUACUUCAGAACUAACCAUGAUUUCAGGCAUAGCAGUUGGAUUCAACCUUGUAUUUGAUCACGAUGAUCUCAUCACGGGUAUUAUUUUUGCAUGCGUUGUAAUCAAUCUGCUGCCAUUUCUUUUAUCCUCUCGGGACAAGAGGAUGUCUGGAACGUUAAAUGCCUGCAUAGCGGGCUUUACGAUUCUCUGUUUUGUGCUUGGCUUGUUAAUCAGUCAACCAGAGAUACCUCUCCAUGUGAAUGUGAUGUUCCCCAAGUUGAGUGGUGAAAGUGCUUACUCAUUGAUGGCACUUAUGGGUGCAAACGUAAUAUCGCACAAUUUUUAUGUUCAUUCAUCAGUUGUUCAGGUUCAGAGGAGGUCUCAUGUUCUUACCCUCCGUACCCUGUUUCAUGACCACCUUUUUUCUAUAUUAUUCAUUUCUACUGGAGUUUUUCUUGUGAACUAUGUUCUGCUGAGCUCAGCAGCAUCGGAAUCUAGUCACAAUGUGAUCCACUCCUUUCACGAUGCUGUAGAUCUGAUGAACCAGAUAUUUACAAAUCCCAUGGCUCCACUCGUGUUACUAGCGGUUCUUCUCUUUUCGAGCCACAUUAUUUCGUUGACAGCUGUCAUCGCCAGUCAUGCAGUUAUGGAGAAUUUCUUUGGUGCAAACCUGUCUCUUUUUGCACAUCAUGUGCUACUCAAGGUUCUUGCCAUGAUUCCUACUAUGUAUUGUGCAAAAGUAGCAGGCUCUGAAGGGAUAUAUCAGUUACUCAUUCUGUGUCCGGUAAUCCAGGGCAUGACCCUGCCCUCCUCUACCAUUCCUGUUUUCCGUAUCGCCUCAUCAAGGUCAAUAAUGGGCAACUACAGGAUAUCUUUAUAUGUUGAGAUACUAGCCUUCCUUGCGUUUCUUCUUAUGUUGUUUACAAAUAUCAUUUUCGCGGCGGAAAUCCUGUUCGGUGACAGCAGCUGGACAAACAACCUGAAAGGGAACACUGAAAGCCCUGUCAUAAUUCACCAUACUGUACUUAUUAUAAUGUCUUGUGCAUCUAUUGCUUUUACACUUUUCCUGGCUGUGACUCCAAUAAAAUCAGCCAGCAGUGAAGCUGAAACUCAGGAGUGGCAUGUGCACUCUCCGAAGGAAGCACUGGACACUACUCAUCACAGAGUAGAUACUUAUCCGGAAUAUAUUGCACAUGAAGAAAUUCAAAGGUAUUCUAUUGAUGCUGUUCCAAGGGAUUCAUUGAGAAGUCAUCAGAAAUCAGCUUUGGAGGAGCAUACUGACGGUUCUGAAACCACUGCAGAAUCCGAUAACGGGGCUCAACAUAUGGCGACCAUUCCUGAGGCUGCCCCCGGAAUGUCAAGCAACAUCGAGGAGUCAAAAUCAGUUGUUGGGGCUGACUUUACAGGUUCAACGCCAAAUGUCUCUACUGCCACCGCAGUAGGACAGAGUUCAGCAGAGAAUAACCAAAUGAAGAGCACAGCUGAGAAAGAUGUUCAAGUAGAAGCAGAUGUUUGCACAGACAAGGACAAUGAGACUUCACAUAAUGUGAGCUCCAGUAAUAAGUCCACUGGAGGCAAAGCACCCUCUUUAUCUUCCGGUGAUCCACCACCCCUUGCUAUGAGCAGAUAUAAAGACACUGAUGCUGUUAGUGGCAGUGGUGGCCUCUCAAGGCAGCCUGGUUUGGGCCGUGCUGCAAGGAGACAGUUAGCAGCAAUUCUCGAUGAGUUCUGGGGGCGUUUUUUUGAUUAUCAUGGCAAGCCGACACAAGAAGGUGAUGCUGAAAGGAUCCACCUUUUGCUUGGACUGGACUUGACAAUAGAUGGUUCAGCUGGGAGAACGGAUAACCAAAACACCCAAGCUUCCAAGAACCCCUUAAUGAGAGAUGCAGUGCCUGGAGCCAUGGGUGCUGGAACUGUUACAUGACAUAAUUGAACUUAACAUGGUUGGUUGGAACGUACUGUUGAGCAUAUAUCAGUGUCAUGUCAUUCUCAUCGUGUAUUCCCCUGCAAAUGUGAGGUUUUCAGUAGAAAAAGAAUGCUUCUCCCAACAACAAAAAAUCAUCGAUACAUCUGAGCCAGUUCUAUUUGGCAGUUGAUGUUUCUAAGAUGAAAUUUACAGAUGCCAAGCUAUUCUUAUACCUACUUUGCACAUUUUGGCAUCCAGAUUUUAUGACAUCUUGCUUACUUCAUUUGAUGUAGGGGAUCCUUGAUCCUGCAUUUUGCAAGCCUCGGAAACCCGUCACCGGGUGCCCAUGCCUCGAGAAAGCACGUCUAGUCGGCAAGCCCAUGUCCAGUAACUUCACCGCCGCAGCUGACAUCUUGCUGUUGAUCAAAGAUGUUGAGCAAGCAGUUUCUGGCCGGAGGGGUCGAAGCGGCACGGUGGCGGGAGAUGUUGCCUUCCCUAAAGGGAAGGAAAACCUUGCUUCUGUGCUCAAGCGAUACAAGCGCAGGCUCUCGAGCAACAAGCCGCCUGCCGGAUCAUAGCUGUCACUCAGCCUGUUACCAAGCCUCUGUAGACUGUAGCUGCUUCUCGUAUAUUGGUUUUUUCUGCUGCACGCCGUACGCCUGGAGGCUUUUCGGUCUUGGUUCGGUAAUGGCAAUCGACUGUAAGUCUGUGACACUGGUUUUGCCCAUAUAAAUGUUCUACAAGGGCAAGGUGCGGUCACUGUAGCUGCUUCGAGCGAGAUGUACAAAAAAGCGUUGGUAUUUUGUUGAAGUGGCGCGCUGUAAAUUUGACUGUUACUCAAAUUCCUCUUGUCGCUAAAUCUUUGUAUUUCGAUGUUUCCGCGGUUCUCGCCGCCCCUUUC